AUGUCUAAAUUUCAGGCCCAUUUAAAUCUCUUUGACAAUCCAGUGAUUCUUAUUAAUUCUUGUCCUGCAGUGCCUUGUCUUUGGGUUUUCUGUUGGGAUCCCUGUGGGAAUCGUGGGUGGGAAUCUCUACAUGUCAAGAUUUCACAGGACAGCCCUCUUUGCACAAUCGAGCAGGUAAUGGACAACAACAGCUCUUUGAAAAUGGUGCCCAUAGAAAUUGUGCACUCAGAAAGCCAGCCUGAGAAGGAGAGCUGAAAGAGUCUCUCAUGCCCAACUGAGCUGCCCAUGCUGUCCAGUGGGCUGGAGAGGGACCAGAUCAAGUAAUUGAGCACAACGGAGAAGUGCUAUUCCUGCUUCUGUGUGUAUACACUACAGGAGGUGGAAACCCCUCAGAGAUACCGCUCUCCAAAGCCCAGGCCACACAGCACCCCUGUACCUCCUGUCAAAGAUUGCUGUUCCUCCCUUCACUCGCUAAACUAUGGGAAUGCCAAGGAGAAGACCAUGGGUGACUUGAAGUCUGAAGAACUAGCCAGGGAGAUUGUGGGAAAGGACAAGUCAUUGGCUGACAUCCUGGACCCCAGCAUGAAGAUCUAAUCAACCAUGGAUCUGAUGGAAGUAAUUUUCCCCAAAGACGAGUACCUUCUGAAGGUUUCUCAACAGUGAAGGAAGAUGCUUCCCAAAGUCCCCUCACCCAGAGUCACAGAGGACAAGAAACAGGAAACAGGUGUGUCAGGGGUUGUGUUCUUGGCCACCAAUUUUACCUAUUAAAGCACAUCAGCCCCCAAGGCAGAACUGCUUAUCAAGAUGAAGGACCUACAGGAGCCUGAGGAGUAUUCAGGGGGUUACUUAGAACAUGACCUGUCAGUUAAGAAGCAAGAGUUCAUUGACAGUAUCAUCCUCAAGCUGCAGGUACUCCUGUAAGCCGAAGAGAGCCUGAUGGAGGACAUCCAAGCCAAUAAUGCUAUGGGGGAUGAGGUGGAAGCCAUUGUGAGAGAUGUCUGCAAACCUAAUGAAUCCAACAAGUUCCAGAUGUUCACUGGGGACCUGGACAAUGUGGUGAAACUCCUGCUGUCUCUGUCAGGCCACCUGGCACUUGUGGGAAAUGCCCUCAAUAAUUUGGAUGACAGUCCUUUUCCUGGUGAUCUGCAAUCACUGUUGGAGAAACAGAGAAUUCUAACCCAGAAGCACGAGGACUCCAAAGAGCUUAAAGAGAACCUAGACCAUCUUGAGUGCAUUGUGUUUGACAUCCUGGCCACCUUCCUCAGCGAGGGAAACCUGGCUGACUAUGAGCACUUGGUGAAGAUGAAAUCAGCCCUCAUCAUUGAGCAUCGAGAGCUGGAAGAUAAAAUCCACCUGUGUGAAGAGCAGCUCAAGUGCUUGUUCCACAGCCUACAGCCUGAGAGAAGCAAAUGA